AGAACAAAGACCAGAAGUGAAGAAGAAGCCGACCAAGAAAAUAGAUCGAUAAAGAAAUGCCCUUGCGUCCCAAGCUUUCCUUCACUUUUCCAUUUCGUUUCUUUUGGAGUUUGUGUUCACCUUCAUAGACGCAAUAUUACAAACACUUGAUAGCUAUAAAACCAAGGUGGGAGCUUCACAUACGCUUCUCUAUCAAUCAAUCUAUCAAAAUUUUAGCCCUUCAAGAAAGAGAAAGAUGAAGAGAGAGGGUCGCCAGCAUGGGAUGGUUAGACUCCAUAUCGCCGGAAUUCCAUUUGUUUACGGCCCAAUACGCAGCGCCAAGGUCUUCACACAGUUCGAGUCCCCUGUCACUGCCGGAAACUUUAUGAAGGUUUCCUCGAAACCCACAAAUCACUCCAAGUUCACGGGAAAGUGCGGUCGAUCAAGAUGCAACGGUUGCCAUAGCCACCCUGUUUCCAAGUCCAAAGACAAGGCCAAGGGUACCCACAAGGAAAAAGCAUUCGGUGGUCGCAACGGUGGGUGUUUGAAUUAUGCCGGAUUGUCGGCGACGGCAUUCUUGGGUCAGUUGGCUACUCGUGAUGCUCAAGAUUACGAUGACUACGACGAGGAGGAGCCGGAGGAGGAGAAGCAGAUGGAGAUGGGAUACGGCGAUGAUGUUUACUACCAGAACGACUACUGCAGCAAUGACAAUGUUGAAGACAUUGCUGCGCCUGCACUAACCGCCGGAGGAAUUGAAGAAAUCGUUCAUGAACCAGAAGAAGAACAAGAAGAUGAAGAUGAAAAUGAUGAUGGUGAUGAUGAUGAUGAUACGAUGAGCGUCAUGAGCUUCCUCGAAGUUGGAUUUGUGAUGGAACUGGAAGAAGAAGGAUGGUUUGUAGUGGAAGAGAUGUAAAGGUAAUAUCAUGGAAUUCAAUUCUUGGGUUCUUGAUAUUAUGGAAUUCAAUUCUUGGGUUGUUCCAUCGCCAUCUUCUGGUUUACUACUGCUCGCUUCGUGCUUCUUCUUUGUUAAUAAAUGUAAAUUGGGAAUUAAUGAUCCAUAGAUAUAAAUUUGACACUGUUCUUCUCUGUUCGUUCGUAAAUGAAAUGGAAAAUGAUCGAAAUGAUCGAAA